GUUUUUGCUGUCUCUGCAGCCAUGCAGGGGCCGAGGCCGGUGGUUCUGAGCGGCCCGUCGGGCGCAGGGAAGAGCACUUUGCUGAAGAAGUUGCUCAAGGAGUACGAGAACGUCUUCGGCUUCAGCGUCUCCCAUACCACAAGGAAGCCAAGACCUGGAGAAGUCAAUGGCAAAGCUCUCCCUGUCCCCAGCAAAGGCGCCGUGCAGGCCAUCCAGGCCCAGAACCAGAUCUGCGUCCUCGACAUCGACAUCCAGGGCGUGAAGAACAUCAAGAGGACAGAGCUGAACCCCAUCUACAUCUCCGUGCAGCCGCCGUCCCUGGAUGUCUUGGAAAAAAGACUUCGCGAGCGACAGACUGAGACAGAAGAAAGUUUACGGAAGCGCUUGACCGCCGCCUGCGUAGAUUUGGAGCUUAGUAAAGAGCCCGGCCUGUUUGACUUGGUCAUUAUUAAUGAUGAUCUAGAAAAGGCCUAUUCCGAGUUGAAGGAAAUACUCCUGGAGGAAAUCAAGAAGGCCCAAGAAUCCAGCAAGUCCUGAGCUGAGCCCGCCUGGACGUUGUCACUUUGCACAUCAUUCCCGAAGC